AUGACGAGCACAAUGUUGAAGGCCUCGUCUUCGUCGUCUCAGGCGUUGUUGCGCACGACAAGAUUUUCGAAGCAAUUCCGCGCAAAACUUCGAACCAGCCGCUCAUUGGCGACCGCUGCUGAACCCCCUGUUCGAAGAUAUGGUGGCCUGAAGGAUCAAGACCGAAUUUUCACCAACGCAUAUUGUCGACAUGACCAUGGCAUAAAAGGGGCUAUGUCUCGUGGCGACUGGCAUCGUACAAAAGACAUUAUUCUCAAAGGAGACUCAUGGAUUAUUCAGAAUAUUAAGGACUCAGGUCUUCGUGGACGAGGAGGAGCUGGCUUCCCCAGUGGACUGAAAUGGAGUUUCAUGAACAAACCAGGAUGGGAGAAGGACCCCCGACCCCGCUAUCUUGUUAUCAACGCUGAUGAGGGUGAACCUGGAACCUGCAAAGAUCGUGAAAUUUUGCGCGGAGACCCUCAUAAGCUUAUUGAGGGAUGCCUCGUCGCUGGUCGUGGUAUGAACGCCACGGCCGCCUACAUCUACAUUCGUGGAGAGUUUUACCAAGAAGCGUCGCACGUCCAGCAAGCUAUCAAUGAAGCCUACGCUGCUGGUUUCCUCGGAAAAAAUGCAUGCGGCUCUGGAUAUUCUUUCGACGUUUACGUUCACCGCGGCGCCGGUGCAUACAUUUGUGGUGAAGAGACUGCCCUCAUCGAAAGUAUUGAGGGAAAGCAGGGAAAACCCCGUCUCAAGCCUCCAUUCCCUGCUGACGUUGGUCUUUUCGGUUGCCCAACCACUGUGGCCAACGUCGAGACUGUCGCUGUUGCUCCCACCAUUUGCAGGCGUGGUGCUAGCUGGUUUGCCGGCUUCGGACGCGCCAGAAAUCAGGGGACAAAACUUUACUGCAUCAGUGGACACGUCAACAACCCCUGCGUCGUUGAGGAGGAAAUGAGUAUUCCUUUGAAAGACCUUAUAGAGAAACACUGUGGUGGUGUUAUUGGAGGAUGGGACAACCUCCUCGGAAUCGUACCAGGCGGUUCGUCUGUCCCUAUACUCCCCAUUGACAUGUGCAGCGAAGUCCUGAUGGAUUACGACUCACUUAAGGAUGCUGGAUCUGGUCUUGGAACUGGUGCCGUCAUCGUAAUGAAUAAGAGUACCGACGUCGUCAAGGCCAUUGCGCGAUUCUCUCAAUUCUACAAGCACGAGUCUUGUGGUCAGUGCACUCCAUGUCGUGAAGGCACAACAUGGAUGAUGAACAUGAUGGAUCGCAUGGUUGAGGGUCGCGGUCACCAGCGCGAGAUUGACAUGCUCCUUGAGCUCACAAAACAAGUUGAAGGUCGCACCAUUUGCGCUUUGGGAGAUGCUGCUGCUUGGCCCAUCCAGGGUCUCAUGCGUCAUUUCCGACCUGAAGUCGAACGCCGUAUCGCAGAGUUCCGUGCCAAGAACGGUGCAGUUGGUUUCGGUGGACAUCUCGCCAGUGCUGCAGACGAUACAUUGGCUUCCCCUGACAACCUAGGCCUCCGCUUGCCUGCGUAA